GCGACCAUAUUUCCGUGUAACACCGGACGUUGAGGGAAUGACAUUCUACUGCGGGACAAACACGAGACUUUCAUGUUGAUUACAAUAACGGGAUCGGUCUGAAUAAUUUGAGCUGUUGUGUGUUGUAUGAUAAUAUUGUAAAUAAUAAAAAUGACAGCGUUGACGUGUAGGUUUAUUAGUCUUGCUGAUGGUUUGCUAAGAGGAGCGCCUGUAAUCGCUUGCCGAACUGGAACAGCCCUGCAGAGCAGAACUCCUAUCAUUCAUUGUGUAAGAACGCAUCGGACGAACACAUGGUGGGAUGAACACCUCACAGAAGAUAAUGCUUCAUUUCUGAAGAAGAGUAUCACAGAUGAAUACCAACAACUGACCGCAGACAAACUCAACCCCCUCAAGGAUGAUCCAUGGCCCAGGCAUGAGUGGGUGGAAGGGAGUCGGAGAGUCGGUCUUUUGGCCGUUAAACUCGGAAUGAUGCCUGUGUGGACCAAAUCUGGAGAGAGACAUGUGGUUACCAUGCUACAGGUGCAGGACUGUCAUGUGGUGAAACAUCUAUCAAAGGAAGAGUAUAAUGGGAACACAGCAGCUUUGGUCGUGGGUGGAAAAAACGUCUCUCCGUUUCAUAGGCCAGAGGGAUAUUUAGAGAUUUUUCGGAAUGCAGGAGUUCCUCCCAAACAGAAACUCACCACAUUUUGUGUGUCAGACAACAGCAUCAUCAAACCAGGCACUCCUCUCUAUGCAGCUCACUUCCGUCCAGGACAAUAUGUGGACGUCACAGCGAAAACAAUUGGCAAGGGUUUUCAGGGAGUAAUGAAGCGUUGGGGGUUCAAAGGUCAGCCAGCUUCCCAUGGACAAACUAAAACACACAGGAGGCCAGGUUCUCUGGGGCCGGGAGGGGAUCCAGCGAAGGUUUUCAAAGGCAAGAAGAUGCCAGGCAGGAUGGGAAACGUAUAUGACACUGUUCAUGGAUUGAAGAUAUGGAGGGUGAACACCAAGUAUAAUGUCCUCUAUGUCAACGGUUCAGUACCAGGUCACCGCAACUGUAUUGUUAAGGUUCGAGACACGGUUCUGCCCACUCGGUUUGAGAAGAACAAGAGCCCGCCGUUCCCCACGUUCUUUGCUGAUGGAGACGAAGAGCUCCCUGAAGACCUCUACGAUGAGGACAUGUUCCAGUUUGGGGAGCCCAUGUCUGAAUGAGGUCGUGACCCCACAAGUCUUCUUGCUUACGCUGGUUUAAAGGCCACGGGCAUGACGUGACCCUUGAUCAGGGUCUUUCAUCUAGUGGAUUCAGCCUUGCUGAGCUGAAAGACUUUUAAAGACCAGAUUUUGUCAAGUAGGCAUAAUAUUCUGGUACAGAGUAAACUCUGUAUAUUUCUGUAUAACAAUUGGAUCGUGUUAAAGCGUCAAGCACAGUACAAACAAUAAAACCUGUUUUAUUAAAA